UUUAAUGUUUGCUCUAGAUCUAGGUGUGGCUGUAGGUGGGCUAGAGCUAGCUGCUGAGUUGACUUUGCUUUCUCCUACUCUCAGUCCUAGUACACUACCGUUUGUUUCAAUUCAUUCAUGGCUGGUGUAAUGCAAGAUGACGCCAAGCUGCUACACAAGUUUUGUCACGAUGGAAAGAUAGAAAAGAUAAAGGAUUUUGUUGCCACUGUAGAACCUGAAAUCCUUUUCAAUCUACUCAACAAUCGAAGAGGUGUUUUUGGCUACACCCCUCUUCAUGAAGCUGUCUCUGGCAACAGAUUGAAAGUCAUUCCGUAUCUCAUUGAACAGGGUGCUAACGUUAAUGCCAAGGCUAAUUCUGGUUACACCCCGCUUCACCUUGCAGCCAUUGUUGGUCACAUUGAGUGUGUCAGAGUAUUACUAGAUUGUUCUGCUGAUGUCAGUCUUACUGAUGACUAUGGUAAAACUCCAAGACAGACAGCUAGCCUGGGAAAAAAUUCAAAUAUAGUUCGACUUUUAAGGAGCAAAGAGAUCAUUAAAGAAGUGAAGACAAAUGGUGAUAACCUAACUGAGUUACUUCGAGUCAGAAUAGAUGAUUUGGAGCCUCACUGCCUUGAGGAUGCGCUCACAGCUGCUGUUGAGGUUGGGAACCAUUUCAAUGUUGGGAGACUUGUCGUCAAAGGUGCCAAAAACAUCCAACAAGCUCUGGAGGAUUCUAAAAGACUGCAGAAACAUGAGGCAAGGGCCAUGCUCUUACUGGUCAUUGCUGCACAGACAAAUGACAGAGACUUGGUCCUUAAGCUGUUUGGUGUACCAGCACAAAAAAACACAACACAUCCACUGGCCAAUGAUGAUGAUUUCUCUGAAGUCCAGAAAGCUGUCAUAAGUGGACGUGUCUCAACUGUUGUUCCAAUAGAGAUAGCACGACGCCAUCAGAGUUCCGUUGUACGAGAGGAGCUUCUCCUGAGGACUGAUGUGAACCAGGAAGAGGGUUCUGUCUAUUGGCAUGGCCUCCGUCUACUUGUACUUGAUCUCUCUUGGAUCCGCAGGAUACACUGGGUAAAGAGACUGAGACUGGCUAGAAAUGGAUUUCAAGCCAUCCCAAAUGAAAUUGGAGACUAUUUGAAACAAGUGGUAAAACUAGACUUCCAGCGCAAUGAAUUGGUUACUGUCCCAUGCUGUCUGUUUGAGUUACCCAGUCUUAAUGAGCUCAAUCUGAGCAAUAACAAGCUAAUUGAAAUACCUUAUGUACACGAGUGGUCCCCUGGUCUCACUGUCCUUGACCUCUCCUCAAACGAGCUCUCUAGUCUACCAGCUGAUAUUGUUGCUCCUUCCAUUAGAACUCUCAACAUUAGUUAUAAUUGUUUCCGUACUGUCCCUCUCUCUGUUUGUUCCUUUAAGAGUCUUCAGCACUUGAACAUCAGUUUCAAUAAAAAUAUAUGCUCUCUGCCAGUGGAGAUGGGUCGAUUACAGAAUCUUAUUAAGCUUGUUACUGACGGACUCAAGGACUUGAGUGAUCCUCCUCGUAACAUGCAGCGUGAUGCCAGGGACUGUGUACGAUACCUCAACAAUAAACUACGCUCCGCUCGUAGGUUCUAUCAAAUGAAACUCAUGCUGUUAGGGAAACAGAACUGUGGUAAGACAACACUGGUUGCCCGUUUACAAGGACUUGAUGUCGGUAUCAACCAGUCGACUGUUGGGGUUGAUGUGAGCAAGUGGCAUUAUGCUGGGGGACUGGGACGUAAGAAAAUUGAGUACCAGUUCAGUAUUUGGGAUUUUGGUGGUCAGGAGGAGUACUGUGCAAUAUAUCAGUGUUUCCUAUCAGAGCGAUCAAUGUAUUUGUUGGCGUGGAAUGUACAGGAUGGGGAGGAAGGUAUCCAAGAGUUGAAACCUUGGCUUGAUAAUAUUGCACUGAGAGCUCCUCGCUCUUGUGUCCUUAUUGUCGGUACUCACCUUGAUUCUGUUGAAGAAGGUGAUCGUCCUGAAGUAGACAAGCUCCUUGAGAAAGUUGCUGAACUAGUACAGACCUAUCAGAACAAGCUAUUGGUACCAGAGGUACUAGCAGUUGGUCUAAUGAACCGUUUGGAGAAUAUUGAGCUCCUCAGGGAGGCCAUAUACAAUCAAGCAACAAAAUACAGAGGAAAGAGGAGUCUACCAAUAAUGGGACAAGAAAUACCAGCCAGUUAUAUCAAGCUAAACGAAGAGCUGGAGAAGGUACAAGAGGAGGUCAGAAAAGGUCUGAGAGACCCCGUCAUGACUGUAGCUCAGUUUAGGAAUCUUGUCCACAAGCUUAAUCUUACUGACUUAUGCAGUGAUGAGGAGCUACGUACUGCCACACUCUUUCUUAAUGACAUUGGUACUAUACUCCAUUAUGAUGACAGGAGCCAUGGGAUCAACGAGCUCUAUUUUAUUGAUCUACAAUGGUUUUAUAAGGUGAUGUGUGAGAUUGUAACAGUCAGGGAGAAAAACUCCUUCAUUAAAAAUGGUAUAUUUUACAGUAGAAAUGUUCCAUUCUUAUUCCGUGACCCGAAAUUCCAGUGGGAGUACUUUGAGCGUUACCUCACUCUCCUUGAUCGGUUUGAGAUUGCCCUCCCUUUGAACAAUCGUCAGAUCCUGAUCCCCUCCAUGCUUCCAGACGAGAGGCCAGAGAAGGCUGAUAUACCAUAUGAUAAGUCUGCUCCUCUUUACAUUCGCUUCAUUAACUUCCAGUCCUCAUCUCCACCGGGAUUCUGGAGUCGUCUCAUAUCAUGCAUAAUGCAUACAGUUCCUCAGGUAUGCAGGGCACUGGAUGUUCUAGCUGAUCAUAGCAAUGAGACUGAUUCAACUCCUGAUGAGGACACAAUACCUGGGGUACCACCUAUGCCUAAUGUAACUGAUGAAAUGUCAGCUCAGAUGAUCAGCUCACCUGUUCUCUCUCCAUCAUCCAACCAGUUCCUCCUUCCCAACAUUAACUGUUUCAUAGUGGAUGAGGAUGACGAAGAUCCCAAGCCACUCAAACCCAAGGACAUUGAGCUCCUCUAUUGGAAGAGUGGUAUAGUUUACAAAGGCCCGGAUCUUUCAUUUGGGGUUGAGUCUCUCAGGAAAUCAAAGGUCCUAGCUGGUACAAACAGGGACGGCAUUGUUAUCCUCGCCUCUCCAAAUAGUAAAGGCACAAAGCUCAUUUGUCAGUUGGUUGAUAUUAUACUUAACCUCAUAUACGAGUGGUAUCCGGGCCUGGAGGAGAAUAGUGUGAACUCUGGUGUAGAGCAGAGAGUCCCUUGCUAUGAGUGUCGUAAGCUUGGACGUGAAAAACCUUUCGAAUUUAAAAUAGAUCAAUACAUGUCGAUAAUCACUAGCAGUAGACCUCAGAUUGAAUGUGGAUAUGAGAGAGAUGCAGCGAGGAAUCACAAAGUCUCUCUGGUUGAUAUCAUGCCUGACUUGCUCCUCCAAGACUUUGAUGCUGAUUAUCUGCUCAAAUCAGAAGAGAUCAAGUUUCAAGAAGACAAGGACUCCCUCCUAGGAGAGGGAGGGUUUGGUAAGGUGUAUAGAGGAAAGUUUCAUGGUAAAAGUGUCGCUAUAAAAAAGUAUCUUACGAGACAGGAAGAAGCUUUUAAUGAGCUACGCCAUGAAGCUAAACUACUACAGAAAUCCUAUCAUCCUUCCAUAGUCUGUCUUGUUGGUGUGAAUGUUCAUCCAUUGACGGCUCUUAUACUAGAAGAGGCUCCAAUGGGAUCCCUUGACAGACACCUCAUCAAGGAAUCAACUCCAAUCCCGAGACUUACAAUGUUCCGUAUUGCUGCCCAAGUUGCAGCUGCUUUACGCUUCCUACAUCAACACGGGAUCAUAUUCCGUAGUCUCAAAGCAGCCAAUGUCCUCCUAUGGUCACUGGAUGAGACUUCACUCUGUCAUUCAAAACUUACCGAUUUUGGAAUAGCAACACACUUGGCACCAUUAGGUGUCAUGGGUAUUCAAGGGGAUAAAUGUGUCAUUGCACCAGAGGUUCUUUACAUAGGACAGAAAAGAACCAUUUAUAAUCACAAAGCAGACAUAUUCUCAUUUGGCAUGCUCCUUUAUCAGAUGAUUGCCCGUCGUCAUCCAUUCCAUAAUGUACAACCAGUUAGAAUUGACACUAAAGUAGUCCAGGGAGACAGGCCUUCAACUGUUGAUAUGCCAAUCGCCGAAACUGGGUACUUCUUUUUAACGCGUCUGAUGGAGAAAUGCUGGAAAGAUAAAGCAGACGAUAGACCAGAGACCUCAGAGCUAAUUAGUGAUGUGUCAAAAGUCACCUUUCAAUCAAUAAUGG